UACCACUGCGUCCUGUUUAUUAUCCGCAUUAUUUAUGAAAAUUUAUGUAAACUUGAGAACCAGAAUAUUUUGAAAGAUUCAGCAAUAUUGUCUUUAAUACCGGCAUAUGAACUCAGUUCGAUGACUUGAAAGUAACUUGCUCACGAUUCUCGAAGUUGCUCUUGUGCAAUAUUAAUGGCAAUGUCUUUGAUUUUGACGUUAGAUGUGUUCUGUUCAUCACUGGCAAUACUAUGGCUUCCGAUGCUGUGCACGAUCUGAAUUCCCUGAUUUCCUCCGAGGGGAGAGACUUUCUCAUCCGCAACAAUGGCGAUCAGGUGAAGAUCAGCUCCUUAAUUGGAAAGAUUGUGGGAUUGUAUUUCUCGGCAUCAUGGUGCUCUCCCUGUCGCAGUUUCACUCCAGUUUUUGCAGGGGUUUAUGAGGAAUUAGCGUCUAAGUGUGAUUUUGAAGUUGUCUUUGUUUCUGAUGACAACGAUGAAGAAUCUUUCAAGGAUUACUUCUCUAAAAUGCCCUGGUUGUCUAUUCCAUUUAGUCAUUUAGAGACCAAAGAAUGCUUGAAUGAAAUUUUCAGAGUGAGUGGAAUUCCUCAUCUUGUUGUUCUUGACGCCAAUGGGAAGGUUUCAACUGAUGAAGGAGUGGAACUAGUCCGCGAGCAUGGGGUUCAUGCCUAUCCUUUUACUGCUCAACACAUCAAACUUCUGAAGGACAAAGAGGACGAAGCUAAAAGGAACCAAACCAUUAGUUCCAUUUUGGUUUCGAACACGCGCAGUUAUGUGAUCUCAAAUGAUGGAAAUCAGAUUCCUGUCUCUGAGCUUGAAGGGAAACUGAUUGGGCUGUACUUCUCAGUGUAUGGCCACAAAUGGUGUGAUGAACUUACGCCUACUUUGGUUGAGGCUUACAAGAAACUAAACGAGAAGGGAGAGAACUUUGAGAUUGUGUUGAUCUCUCUAGAUGAUGAAGAUGAAGGCUUCAAUGAAACAUUCAAAACAAUGCCAUGGUUGGCAUUGCCAUUGAAGGACGAGAAAUGUAAAAAACUCGUUCGUUAUUUUGAGCUUAGUGAUAUUCCUACACUUGUUAUAAUUGGGCAGGACGGGAAGACUUUGAAUGCGAAUGCAGCAGAACUCGUCGAAGAGCAUGGUAUUGAUGCCUACCCUUUCACUCUAGAGAAACUUGAGAAGCUUGCCGAGAUUCAGAAGGCGAAGCUCGAAUCACAGACUCUGGAGUCUCUUUUAGUUUCUGGGGAAACAGAUUUUGUUAUAGGAAAAAAUGGUGCAAAGGUCCCGGUAUCUGAACUUGUUGGCAAGAACAUUCUGCUGUAUUUUUCUGCACAUUGGUGUCCUUCAUGCCGUGCAUUCUUACCCAAGCUUACGGAGACGUACAACGAAAUUAAGCGAAAGGGCAAAGAAUUUGAAGUCAUCUUCAUUUCAAGUGAUAGUGACCAAAAUUCAUUUGAGGAAUUCUUUUCAGGAAUGCCUUGGUUAGCCCUGCCAUUUGAGGAUGAGAGGAAGAAGUUCUUAAGUCGUAGAUUCAAAAUCCAAAGGAUUCCCGCCCUCAUAGCCCUUAACCAGAGUGGUCGUACCGUCUCAACAGAUGCCCUUAAGCUCAUAAGAGUUCAUGGAGCAGACGCCUUUCCAUUCACAAAGGAGCGUGUGAAGCAGUUAGAGGAGCAACUGGAAGAAAAGGCAAAGGGGUGGCCUGAGAAACUGAAGCACAAACUACAUGAAGAACACAAACUUGUUCGGACUCGUCGGGCUUAUAUUUGUGAUGCGUGUGACGAGAUGGGAUAUAGUUGGUCAUUUUACUGUCAAGAGUGUGACUUUGAUUUGCACCCGAAAUGUGCUUUUGAAAACGGAGGAGCCGAGGAGGAAAGGGAAUGUCAGGUUUGCGACGGAGACGUGUGCCGUAAAGCCUAAGAAAACACGUUCAAAAUAGCAGAGGACGUGAAAGAUUAUUAUGGUAUGUUCUUUGUUUGUUGCCUUCUAUGAUGCUAAUUGCUAUGGUGUGUGCUGUAUACUCUACUGCAUCUAUGUUGUUCCAAAUCAUCUGCUUUGUAAUAAGAUUUGUGGUUCCCUGAUCGUCCUUGUUUGCAAGGAAGGGAUAUUCCGACCUAAAUUUGGAGGCAUCAAUGAGUGUUAUUCUAACCUUCGUGACA